UUGUGCAGCUGUUGAGUGAGGCUCGUCAUGACGUCACGUCGUCUCUGCGCUCUGAUUGGCUGCUUCACGUGGAUAAAGUGCUGUUUGGAGAAGUUGUUUUCAGUUUGUGCUGUGACGGUUCAGAGAUGCAGAACUGUUCCAGGUCCUGGAGCUUCUUCUGGGCCAAAGGUCCGAGCAGAAGUCGCGUGCUCUGCGCACUCAGACCUGCGUCACCCGCCGCCACUCGCGGGCUCACACCAGGACUCAGAGCCGGGACCCACGGGCUGAGCUCGUGUGCAGCCGCCACUGCCGCCGGUUCUUCCCGCAGGAUCGAGGGGAUUUUCCCCAGACACGAUGAUUUCUCUGAGAGACACAUCGGUCCAGGUGAGCGGGAGAAGACCGAGAUGUUAGACGUUCUGGGAUUAAAGUCGAUUGACCAGCUGAUCGAAAACACGGUCCCGCUCUCCAUCCGUCUGCAGAGGAGCCUAAGGCUGGACGAUCCAGUGUGUGAAAAUGAAAUCCUUGAGUCUUUACAGAAAAUUGCAGCAAAGAACAAAGUGUGGAGGUCGUACAUUGGCAUGGGUUAUUACAACUGCUCAGUACCGCCCCCUAUCCAGCGUAACCUGCUUGAGAAUGCAGGCUGGGUCACUCAGUACACGCCGUACCAGCCCGAGGUCUCUCAAGGUCGUCUGGAGUCGCUCCUCAACUACCAGACCAUGAUCUGUGACAUCACAGGACUGCCGGUCGCCAACGCCUCGCUGCUGGACGAGGGAACGGCGGCUGCUGAGGCCAUGCAGCUGUGUCACAGACAGAACAAAAGACGCACUUUUUACAUCGACCCACGCUGUCACCCUCAGACCAUCGCUGUGGUCCAGACAAGAGCCAAUUACAUUGGCGUGCAGACGGAGCUCAGACUUCCUCAUCAGAUGGAUUUCAGUGGUAAGAACGUCAGCGGCGUCCUCUUCCAGUAUCCAGACACCGACGGUCGAGUAGAAGACUUCACUGCUCUCGUGGACCGAGCACACAAAGGAGGGGCGCUCGCCUGCUGCGCCACAGAUCUGCUGGCGCUCUGCGUCCUGCGUCCUCCUGGAGAGUUUGGUGUGGACGUCGCUCUGGGCAGCUCACAGAGGUUUGGCGUUCCUCUCUGCUACGGAGGCCCACACGCCGCUUUCUUCGCUGUCAAAGAUCACCUGGUCCGUAUGAUGCCCGGCAGAAUGGUGGGCGUCACCAGGGACGCCGCGGGGAAAGAAGUUUAUCGACUGGCGUUACAGACGAGAGAGCAGCACAUUCGUAGAGACAAAGCCACGAGUAACAUCUGCACCGCACAGGCUUUGCUCGCCAACAUGGCCGCCAUGUACACGCUGUAUCACGGUCCUCAGGGACUCAAACACAUCGCAGAGAGGACACAUGCCGCCGCCCUCAUCCUCGCUGAAGGUGUGAAGAGGGCAGGUCACCGUCUCCAUAGCGACAUGUUUUUUGACACAUUAAAGAUAAACUGUGGCGUCGCAGCCAAAGAUAUUUUAGAGCGAGCUGAGCAGAGACAGAUCAACUUAAGAAUCUUCACAGAUGGAGAGCUUGGCGUCUCUUUGGAUGAAACAGUGACUGAGAAGGACUUGGACGACCUGCUGUGGGUCUUAGGCUGUGAAUCAUCAGCUGAGCUGAUGGCUGAGAAGAUGGGUGAACGGGUGAAAGGCAUCAUGGGAAGUCCUUUCAAAAGGACAAGCAAGUAUCUGACACACCAGAUUUUUAACAGUUUUCACUCAGAGACAAACAUUGUUCGAUACAUGAAGCGUCUGGAGAACAAAGACAUCUCACUGGUUCACAGCAUGAUCCCACUGGGCUCGUGCACCAUGAAGCUGAACAGCUCGUCUGAACUCAUGCCCAUCACAUGGAAGGAGUUCUCCAACAUGCACCCGUUUGUUCCUCUGGAUCAAGCUGAAGGUUAUCAAACUCUGUUCAAACAACUGGAGAAAGAUUUGUGUGAAGUGACCGGAUACGACAAGAUCUCCUUUCAACCCAACAGUGGGGCUCAGGGAGAAUACGCUGGCCUCGCUGCUAUCAAAGCUUAUCUGAACUCAAAAGGACAAAGACAAAGAAGUGUUUGUCUAAUCCCUAAAUCGGCUCACGGCACUAAUCCAGCGAGUGCUCAAAUGGCAGGAAUGAAGGUUCAGGUUGUGGAAGUGGACAAAGACGGAAACAUCGACCUGGUUCAUCUCAAGGCGCUGGUGGACAAACAUAAGGCGAGCCUGGCAGCCAUGAUGAUCACAUAUCCGUCCACCUUCGGUGUGUUUGAAGAACAAAUCAGAGACGUGUGUGACCUAAUCCAUGAGAACGGGGGACAGGUUUAUCUGGACGGAGCAAACAUGAACGCCCAGGUGGGUUUGUGUCGUCCUGGAGAUUAUGGUUCUGAUGUGUCUCAUCUGAACCUGCACAAAACCUUCUGUAUCCCCCACGGCGGAGGAGGACCGGGCAUGGGCCCAAUUGGAGUGAAGUCCCACCUCGCUCCCUUCCUGCCAAGUCACCCAGUGGUUGCCAUGGCGUCGGUUAACUCCAGCAGUUCACUGGGAACCAUCAGCGCCGCCCCCUGGGGAUCCAGCGCCAUCCUGCCGAUCUCCUGGGCUUACAUAAAGAUGAUGGGAUCUAAAGGACUGCGUCAUGCGACCGAGGUGGCCAUACUCAACGCCAACUACAUGGCUAAGAGACUGGAGGGUCCUUAUAAGAUCCUGUACCAAGGAUCCAAAGGUUUUGUAGCUCAUGAGUUUAUUGUGGAUCUGAGGCCGUUUAAGAGGACAGCGAACAUCGAGGCUGUGGACGUCGCCAAGAGACUGCAGGACUACGGUUUCCACGCCCCCACCAUGUCGUGGCCGGUCACAGGAACUCUGAUGAUCGAGCCGACAGAGUCAGAGGACAAAGCCGAGCUCGACCGCUUCUGUGACGCGCUGUUAGCGAUCAGACAGGAAAUCACGGACAUCGAAGAUGGCCGCAUGGAUGCACGCGUCAAUGCACUCAAGAUGGCGCCUCACUCUCUCGCCUGCGUGUCUUCGUCAAACUGGGACAGACCGUACUCCAGAGAGUUUGCUUCUUUUCCUCUGCCCUUCAUCAAACCUGAGACUAAAUUCUGGCCCAGCAUCUCCAGGAUUGACGACAUCUACGGCGACCAGAACCUGGUGUGCACGUGUCCACCCAUGGAGGCGUACGAGUCUCCGUAUGAGGAAAAGAGGGUGUUGUCCUAAAAUUCAGUGUGGAAACAAGAAAGGGGCAGGGAAUGUCAGAUGGGGCGGGGCUUGUAAGAAGGAUGUCAGAUGUGUGUUGAAAUGAAUUAUUUUACAUUAAGGUCAAAAACAAAUGUGUUGACUUGUUUUUGAGAAAACUGAUGCUCAAUCUGCUUUAAUAUGAUGACUUCCUGGGUCAUGACCUUUGCUAUAUCUGUAUCGGACCAAUGGUGGCGCUGUUGUGUAACGCACCUGAAACAUGAGUUCAUGAAAAAAGAACUUGUCACCAGUUUAGUUUUUGUUGAUACAAAUCUUUAUGAAAAUGUUUCAAUAGAAAAAAUCUCAAUGUUGAUUUUAAAGAAAUUCUUUUUUAUGUUUUAAACGUUUGUCUGCAGAAAAAAAGACUAUUAAACGUUUGUCUUAAAGUC